UUUGUUAAUUCACCGGUGACUCCAAUAAUGGCACGAUAACUCAUUUAUCAAGCUAGCUCCAAACAUUUUCUUCUUCAAUCUUCCACCUAUCCAAAUCUUGGUCUUCGGCCUUUCAUAGUUCUCUCAUUCCUUUUUCAUAAACCCCUGUUUAGAUUUCCGCCAUUAAAUUUACUCACAUACUUGCUCAAAACUCUGAAUUCAAGGAAAAUAAAUCAAGAAUUCGACUUAUUUUUAAGAAAAGAUAAGCCUCAAUUACCAAUAAUUCAUUGACUUUACAAUCAAAAUUUCCAAUAUUAUUGUGAGUGAUGUACAGAUCUGGGACAGUCAUGGCGUGGAAUGUCUUCAGAUUUUGCACUGCUCUUCGAGGAUUAGGUUCCAUCAUGAUCUUGUUAGUCUUAGGUGUUGUGGGUGUUACUUAUUACGCCGUUGUUUUAACCAAUUAUGGCCCUUCCUUGUUUGAUGGUGGUCUUGAUACUCUUACUUCCAUCGCCGUUUUAUUUCCAUUUCAUGUUUUGUUAGCCAUGCUGUUAUGGAGUUAUUUUUCUGUUGUUUUCACUGAUCCGGGCCACGUGCCUGCAAAUUGGAGGCCAAAUGUAGAUGUGGAAAGAGGUGAAAAUGAGCCUUUGAAUGCAUCUGAAUUCAGUGGAAUACAAACUGACUCAUCGCAUUCUAAAGUUCGAGUUUGUAGAAAGUGCCAGCAGUGGAAGCCCCCCCGCUGCCAUCAUUGCUCCGUUUGUGGGAGAUGUGUUCUAAAAAUGGAUCACCAUUGUGUUUGGGUUGUCAAUUGUGUUGGCGCAUUAAACUACAAAUAUUUCCUUCUAUUCUUGUUCUACACAUUUCUAGAGACUACCCUAGUUACAAUAUCACUGCUACCCCAAUUUAUAGCAUUCUUCGGUGAUGGAGAAAUACCUGGAACACCAAGCAGUCUUGCGACGACAUUCCUUGCAUUUGUAUUGAAUUUGGCAUUCGCAUUGAGUGUCAUGGGAUUUCUCAUCAUGCACAUAUCUUUGGUUUCAGCCAAUACCAGUACCAUUGAGGCAUAUGAGAAGAAGACAACCCCAAAGUGGCGUUAUGAUCUUGGAAAGAAGAAAAAUUUUUUGCAGGUGUUUGGAAUGGACAAACGCUAUUGGUUCAUCCCAGCAUAUUCAGAUGAAGAUAUACGAAAAAUGCCUGAACUUCAGGGUCUUGAUUAUCCAUCAAAGCCAGAUCUUGACUCACAAGAGUUUUAAUUCUUAACACGGGUUGCUUUCAGAUAUCUCAUAUUCACAAGUGUUGUUAACCAGCAAUACAUGCAUUCGAGCUCUCAUACAGUGAUUGUCGCCUUCACGGUUUGAUUGAUUAGGUGGCAAUUCAUUGGGCUCUAUUAUUUGUAAAAGUUUUUAGGUAAAAAGGGGAAAAAAUUUGAAUAUAGAAAAUGAGAGGGUAAGCUGAUGUAUUCUGGGGGAAAGGAAAAUGUAGCCAAAAGCUUUGGGGUGGGGGGCACUUUUCAAGUUCUAACAGUCUGAUCUUAAUGGGGUAUUGUGGGGGUAUGUAAUACAGGAAUUGCUGAUGUUUAUAUUGUGGCAAUGCACAAAGUUUUCAUUUUUUUUAAAAGAAAGAAAUUGCUAUUACUGGGUUGUGCACAUUUUGGUGAACAUGAUUAAUUGAUGAUCAUACACUCUCUUCGAUCCUAUUUGAUAUUUUCAUAAGUAAUGUUCAACUUUCUGCUUUGCGAUUCUGAUC